AUCAGGGAAAUGUUAAUAACAAAAGUGGAUGCACUCGAAACAAAAGUGACGCGUCUCGAGGAUCAAUUAGAGCAACAAAAUUCACUUCUUACAUCCCUACAAUCUAACGGUCAAACCCAUUACAAUUUGGCUUCAAACAAAUUUCCCAGUCAGUCUCCUUCAAAAAGUGCCAUCGGAAGAACCUGCCGGGAAGUUCGUGCGGCAGAUCCAGCGCUGGCUUCCGGCUUGUACUGGAUCGAUCCUGACGGACAGGGCGUUGGAGAUGAUCCCAUCAACGUUUACUGUGACAUGACAUUAGGUUCGACAUCCGUUUUACACGACAGUGAAAUGGAGAUGGACGUUGGGCACUGCGCUGAUCCCGGAUGCUACUCGAGAGCAAUCAAUUAUCAAGCUACCACAAGGCAAAUGGUAGCCUUGUCUGAGCUGUCUAAUGAAUGCCACCAGUCUAUCAAAGUAUAGAUAUCAUCACUCUGACAUUUUUAAACUGAAUAAUUUGACUAACACAUUUAUCUUAAUUUAAUUAAAUCCAGUACGAUUGCACUGCUGCUCCAUUUGAGAUCAACAACGUAGCCUAUGCAUGGUGGAAUGACAGAAUCGGAAAUCCGAAAUAUUUUUGGUCGGGCAGCAACAGCAGCAUCCACAUCUGUCAGUGCGGAAUCGAUCAAAAUUGUGUUGAAAGUUUUAUGCCGUGCAACUGCGAUUCCAGUCUGCCAGCACCAUUUGUCGACAGCGGGAUAAUAACCGACAAGAGUGUUUUGCCAAUAACCCGUCUAAACUUUGGUAGAACGAUUUUGGAAUAUUCUUCCGGAGUACACACGCUCGGCAGAUUCGAAUGUUCGGGACAGAAGGCCGUCGAAGGAAUGGCUUCUUCUUGCGAAGAUUUAUGGCGUAUAGGACAUACGUUGAGUGGCUUGUACUCCGUCAUGGGAGUUACAAAAGUCGAAAAUAUUUACUGUGAUUUUACAAAACUUCCUGACGACGCAGGUUUCCAGAAAUGGAUUGGAUACAAUGACGUCAAAUCUAUGCCCGUUUAUUUUUAUGUCCAGAGAAACAGUCAAGUUUUCAACGCAACAAAAACUCCGAUUCCCUUUGAAACAGCAAAACUCAACCUUGGAGGCGCAAUGAAUUUAUCAACAGGAAUUUUUACUGCACCUCGAACAGGAACUUAUUUUUUCUCCUUUACCGGGAUGACGGUGUUUUCUGCAACGUCAAAUGCAGUACAAGGUCUUAGCAUAGGUUUGUAUCUGAAUGAUGUACUGGUUGGAGCGAGUGAAGCUGAAGAUUCAAACACUAUAAAGGGUCAAAAUGAUCAGUUGUCUCUUCAAUCCACACUUCAUUUGCAAGCAGGAGAUCAAAUCUGGGUACAGAUUGACUAUACGCAAGGAACACUGCCGUAUCUUUUUGACAACCCUUAUCACUUUACUCAUUUUAAUGGUUGGCUUUUAGAGGAAGAUCUAAGUGCAUUACUAUUACAGUAAUAUUUAUCGAAUAACAGAAACAAUGCAGCUAGUAUCACGUCACCUUCACGCUGCAAACGUUUCCCUUUCUCCUAU